AUGGCACACCCUGGCUCCACACCACUUCUCCUCUGCCGCCGGGAUGAGCCUCUCCUCCGACCGCCGCUCAGCAAUGGUAUGGAGUACAUAUACGAGCACUGUGUUGAGCCAUCUGACGAGGACUAUACAGAUGAGAUGGUGAUGAUGCAGGCGGUGCCUGCAGACGCGGAGCAUGCGAAGGACCAUGUUCUCAAUUUCAAGGGGUCAAUCAACGGUCAUCGAGUGCUCAACUGCAACCGGGUGCGCGACCAUUUGAUGCCAAUGGACUACUACUUUGCCCCCAAUGCCAUCUUCACUGACAAUUUUCACGAGCGCAUUCAUAUGCGCAAAAAUGUCUUUGAUCGUCCCUACCAUGGCGUACAGUCCUUUGAUGACUACUUCAUCUUGAAGAAGGACAUCGUGGGAAGGAUUGGUUUCUCUAGUUACCAGAAGUGCACGGCCGUACCGCGGAUGCUUGCAUAUGGCACGGCCGCUGAUUUUGUGGGACGAGUACCUGCGGAUGUCCGAGAGCACACGCGGAGAUGCCAUGGUCAGACUGAAGGAAAAGCUCCUCCUUGCCACUAUACUGUCAAUGGGCAUGAGUACAACAUGGGCUCCUAUCUGGUUGGUAGUAUCUAUCCUCCUUGGGCUACCUUUGUGAACACCAUCUCUAACCUAGUUGUUCUGAAAAAGUUUCACUUUGCCCAAAGACAAGAAGCAGCUAAAAAGAAUAUUGAGAGGGCUUUUGGAGUUCUGCAAGCACGUUUUGUUGUUGUUUGUGGACCUGCUAAACAAUGGGAUACAGAGACCUUGUGGGAGGUGAUGACCUGUUGUGUGAGGAUGAGGAUGAGGAUGCUGUCGCAGGUCUUGAGUUGA